CACAACAUGGCGAUGCACAACAAGGCGGCGCCGCCGCAGAUUCCAGACACCCGGCGGGAGCUGGCGGGGCUCGUGAAGUGGAAGCAGGAGCUGGCGGAAACACUGGCAAACUUGGAGAGACAGAUCUAUGCUUUUGAAGGAAGCUACCUGGAAGACACUCAGAUGUAUCGCAACAUUAUUCGUGGCUGGGAUCGGUAUCUGACCAACCAAAAAAACUCCAAUAGCAAAAACGAUAGAAGGAACCGGAAGUUUAAGGAAGCAGAGCGGCUCUUCAGUAAAUCCUCAGUUACUUCAGCAGCUGCAGUAAGUGCAUUGGCAGGAGUUCAGGACGAGCUCAUUGAAAAGAGGGAGCCAGGAAGUGGGACGGAAAAUGAUACUUCUCCAGACUUCCACAAUCAGGAAAAUGAGCCCAGCCAGGAGGACCCUGAGGAUCUGGAUGGAUCUGUGCAGGGAGUGAAACCUCAGAAGGCUGCUUCUUCUACUUCCUCAGGGAGUCAUCAUAGCAGCCAUAAAAAACGAAAGAAUAAAAACCGGCACAGGAUUGAUCUGAAGUUAAACAAAAAACCACGAGCUGAUUAUUAGAAGACUCAUUAGUGCAGAAGCGUCCAGGCUAUAGAUCCCUGCUUCCCUACUCCGACCUCACAAAGAUAAACACCCCUCACCUAGCUGCGUGGCCAUCCAUCUCUGCUUUCCCAGACCCGGUGCCUGUGACUCUGAGUAGUUUGUUCUGAAAUGUGGUGACAAACAAGUCAUUUCUGUAAGACCAUAUUGGAGCAUUUACUUUGUGUCAUUUUCAGUAACAAUUGCAGGAAGACCCAAGACAUUGUUUUAAUUCCAGC